AUGGAUGGUCUGGAGGCUCAGCCCAAGAACCUAGAGUCGUUUGUUAACAUCCCGUUUCCUAGCACGCUACGAGCUAUGCAAUCCUUUCUCGGGAGCUUGAACUACUACCGUCGCUUCAUUGAGGAUUUCGCGGUGUAUGCCGCGGUGUUGUAUGAGUUAAGAGAAUCGGAUUUCUUCGAGAUCGGCCGAUCUCAGCUUGCAGCAGGAGACGAAUGCUCCAACGAGGGUCGAUGGACGGAAGCCAAGGUUGCUUUCACUAUGCUAAAAGCUAAGAUAGCUACAGCUCCCAUGCUCAAGCAUUUCGACCCAGAUCGGUCCCCCGUAAUCGUGGUCUACGCUAGCAAGUGGGCUGUCUCAGCGGCCCUGAUACAGGAGUACGAUGGCGUGUACCAUCCGGUGACGUUUACUAGCCGCACUUUAAAGCCUAAUGAGCUUAACUACGCAACGGUAGAAAAAGAAGUGCUGGCGCUACUUCGUGUGUUGAUUGUAUGCUAUACUACGCUUGCCUCGCGGGAGAUCACUGUACUGACCCGACAUUCUACGUUAGCCUGGUUGAUGCAGUCUCGAGGGCUCAACGGGAGAUUAGGACGGUGGGCUGCUUAG